AUGCGUGUUGGCCAAGUGGCUGAAGAUGAUGUUGGAGCAGAACGCUGUGUCGCUGAAAAUACCGCGAUGAAGGAUCCUACAGACUUAAAUUCACCCUAUCUGGCCCUUGAAGAGCAAGUGCAUCCAUGUGAGCGUGCCGAGUUAUUUGCUAAGGAGAUCAAGUGCCAAUGUGAGAUGAGAAAGAACUUGGGCUGGGAGGAUUAUUUAGAUCUCCCGACAGGUUUACCCAUCUCAGCUCACUUUUUUCAUGCUCUUUCCUUCACUGCCGAGGUGGGCCCACCCCCAGUUCCACAAUUAUUUUCAUCAACUCUCUCAUCUGAGGGUGGACUUCCGUCCCACUCACUGAAAGAGUUGACUGUUAAUAUCAAGUCGGAUGAGGGUGAUGAAGGCUCUCAUGAUGAGCCAAAGGAAGAGUAUGUGCAGAAGAUCAAUGAGCAGUGGAGGUUCGACGAUGAUGCAGUAGUGAUGGAAGAGGAGUAA